CUUGCUUACGUUUUGGCUCAAAACGUGGCACGUGCGGUAAACAUGGUGGUCGCGACCGCGAGCGGCCCACAUUUCGAUACGCUGCCGCGGCCGUCAAGAUGGCACCUGAAUCGCAAGGGGAUACGUACAUAUCAGUCAAAUCACCAAAGGAAGAUGAGUCUCCCCUUGUCGAACCCAACGACGACUCGACACCCACCCACACCAAUAUGGUGGGUUUCCGCGAACUGUUCCAGUACGCCGACGCGACCGACAUCGUGCUCAUGUGCGUCGGCACAUUUGGUGCCAUCAUCAUGGGCGUGAGUCAGCCGAUUCAAAUCGUCUUUUUCGGCGACAUCAUAAACGUGUUCAACCCGGCGGGUGGCGGCAACUUUGACAAGGACGAGUUCAACGACAGCAUCAACAAGGUCGUGUACCAGUUCGUGGUGCUUGCGACCGUGAUGCUCAUCGUCGGGUUCGGUCAAAUCGCGUGCUGGUCGAUCUCGGCGUCGCGCCAAGCCAAGCGAAUGCGCCACGCAUACGCGUGUGCCAUCUUGCGUCAAGAGAUCGGAUGGUUCGACGUGAACGAGCCGAUGCAGCUCGCUACGCGGGUCGUCGAUACGACACUGCUCGUGCAGGAAGGAAUGGGUCGUAAAAUCGGCGACGGCAUCAACUUCAUGUCCAUGGGACUUGCGUCGCUCAUUUUGGCGUUUUACUACGGCUGGGAACUGUCGCUUGUCCUGUUUGCCUUCACCCCGCUGUUGGGGAUUUCAGCAUUCUGCACGUCCAAAGCCAUCACCAACGCCGUGCAAGGCGGUGUUGCGUCGUACGCGGAAGCCGGCGGGAUUGCCGAGGAAAGCCUGAGCAACAUCAAGACUGUGCACAUGUUCAACGCAAUGCGGCUGAUGGCAGACAAGUAUGUGGUGGCACUCGGACACACCGAGGCGUCGGGCGUCCGAAAAGGACUCGCAGUCGGAUUUGGCACCGGCAUGAUGUACUGCAUUGCCAUGUGCACGUACGCGGUUGGAAUGUACUACGGCGCGGUGCGGGUGACCAACGAUCAGCUGGGAGAGAACAAAUGUGCCCCGGGGUCAGCAGGAUGUUACGACGGCGGUCGUGUCGUCACUAUUUUCUUCUGCAUCGUGAUGGGGUCCAUGGCGCUGGGCCAAGCCGCGCCCAGCAUGCAAGCCCUCAUGACCGCUCGAUCGGCAGCGUACGAUAUCUUCGAGCUCAUCAACCGCGAGUCCAAGAUCGACGCGUCGUCGGCAAACGGCGACACUUUUGAGAAUGUCCAAGGGCGCAUUACGCUGGAAUCGGUCCGAUUUGCAUACCCCUCCCGUCCAGGUGUUGAAGUGGCCGCCGGAUAUUCUCUGGACAUUCCAGCAGGCCAGAAAAUUGCGUUGGUGGGGUCCAGCGGCAGUGGCAAGAGCACCAUCGUGUCGCUCGUGGAGCGCUUCUACGACCCGUUGAGCGGCCGAGUCACGCUCGACGGCCACGACUUGAAGGCGCUCAACGUCAAGUGGUUGCGAGACCAAAUUGGCCUCGUCGGUCAAGAACCGUGUUUGUUUUCCGACACGAUUGCCGCCAACAUCCGCCAUGGCAAACCCAGCGCGACGAUCGAAGAAAUUCAUGAAGCUGCCAAGCAAGCCAAUGCGUACGACUUUAUCAUGGGAUUUCCGCUGGGGUUUGACACCCUAGUGGGCGACCGCGGCGCGCAGUUGUCUGGUGGUCAAAAGCAGCGCAUUGCCAUCGCCCGUGCCAUCAUCAAGAACCCCGUCGUGCUGCUCUUGGACGAGGCCACGAGUGCGUUGGACACGGAGAGCGAGGCAGUCGUGCAAGCGUCUCUCGAUGAGCUCUUGGCGUCUCGUCAGCGCACGACGAUCAUCAUCGCCCAUCGGUUGUCGACGAUUCGUGAUGCGGACCGCAUUGUCGUCCUGGGUCAAGGCAAGGUAUUGGAAGAUGGCAACCACGAAUCGCUUCUCCAACUUGAGAACGGACACUACAGGGCUCUCGUCGGUGCGCAAGUGCGACACGGCGACACCAUCGAAACGAUCCUCGAGCAUAGCCAUUCCAUUGACUUGACGAAGGAGGCGGCGAUGGUGUCAUCGUUGCCUCUGGCACGGAGAAAAAUGGACGAUGGCACGUCCGAAAACACCAACCAUGGCGACCGAGUCGAUUUGGACCAUCUUCGAAUGGAGGCGCCAAACGUGCCCGUGUCACGUGUGUGGGGACUGAGUGCGCCCGACGCGUGGCAUGUCGUGAUUGGAAGCGGCGGUGCUCUCUUCCAUGGCGCCAUGUACCCGAUGUGGGGUGUACUCUUGACCAAGUGCACAGUCGUGUUCUUCCAACUAGACUCGACUGUUGAUGUAAUGCGUGCGGAAGCGUUGAAGUGGUAUAUGGGGUUUGUCAUUAUGGGUGUGGUCGUUUUGGUGGCCGUGACGGCGCAGAACCACCAAUUUGCUAUUGUGUGCGAACGUCUGACGGGGCGGAUUCGCGGCAUGUGCUUUCAGUCGAUGCUCCAUCAAGACAUGGCGUGGUUUGACGAUCCCAGGCACACGGCCGGCGCGCUGACGACGCGGCUGGCGACCGACUCGGCUGCUGUCCGGGUCAUGACGGCGGAAACAUUGAAUGCGAUUCUGCUCAACGUGGCGACGCUCGGGGUUGCGUUUGGCAUUUCGUUUUACAACUCGUGGCGCAUGACGGUGGCGUUUCUCGGUGCGCUGCCGUUUAUGGCUGCGUCGCAGAUGCUCCAGAUGCAAAUGAUGACAGCUCAAACCAACAAGAGUGUGAACGAAGGCGACAUCAAGGCCGGCGCGCGGCUCAGCGAGGCCAUCAACGCAAUCCGAACUGUGGCGUCGUUCAACUUGGAAGGCGCGACAACCUUGGCAUACUUGGACAGUUUGCUCGCAAGUGCGUCCGCCGACACCAAAGUCGGCGUUGUCGCUGGCAUCGCGUACUCGGUAGCUCAGUCGACGAUGAUCUAUGCCAUGUCGGCCAUAUUUUACUACGGCGGGUGGCUCAUGCUGCGAGGUCUCGUGAACUUUCAGAGUAUGUUCAUGGUGCUCAACCCGAUUCUCUUUUGCUCGUUUGGAGUGGGCAUAGCUGCUCAAGGCAUGGGCGAUGUUGGCAAGGCCAAGAAAGCCGUCAACAGCAUCUUUGCCAUCAUCGACCGCCAGCCUCCCAUCGACUGCGCGUCCAACCAAGGUCUGCAACUCGAACAUGUCCAUGGGGAUUUGGAACUCCGGGGUCUGGAAUUCUCAUACCCGAGCCGCCCAGAUAGCAAGAUCUACUCCAACUACAACCUCAAGAUCAAGAGCGGACAAACCGUCGCGUUGGUCGGCGGCAGCGGCAGUGGCAAGAGCACAGCCAUCAACCUCAUCGAACGCUUCUACGACCCCACGGCCGGUUCAGUGUUUCUCGACGGCCACGACCUCAAGUCGCUCAACGUGCAGUCGCUGCGCCAACACAUCUCGAUUGUGAGUCAGGAGCCGAUCAAGAUAUUUUUUGGAAAUGAACGUAGCAUCGCGUGUUCGGGUAUACGCCGUGGUCGAACUACCCCAUCGCUCCAGACACUGAACCGAUACGUCAUGGCCCGCAAUGGUCAACGGACUAUUCAAAGCUAUGCAGUGCGAACGGGGUACGACUUGAGGAAAGCGACGCCCACGGGCCAUCUGUACAUGUCGACAUGA